CAGGCAGGACAGGAGGGCGCGCGGGACAUCAGCACACCGGCCGGGUCAAGAAGCUGCAAGGAUGGAGAUCCGACCAGACAGGUUUAAGGCGGUCGCGGGAAAAACUCUGGGGAAAAUUCACAGGCUGAUUGAGAAGCGGCAGCCCAAUGGAGAAACCAUUGAGUUAUCAGCGGAGGGCCGUCCUGAGCUGGUGGAGGAGAAGGAGCUGCCAGUGGUGGACUGUACCUGCUUUGGCUUGCCAAGGCGGUACAUCAUCGCCAUCCUGUCUGGCCUGGGAUUCUGCAUCUCUUUUGGCAUCCGGUGCAACCUGGGUGUGGCCAUCGUAAGCAUGGUCAAUGACCACACUGUCUACAAAGGCAACAAGGAAGUACUUGUGGCUGCACAGUUUACCUGGGACCCUGAGACAGUGGGGAUGAUCCACGGCUCCUUUUUCUGGGGCUACAUCGUCACACAGAUUCCAGGGGGCUUUAUAUGUCAAAAAUUUGCAGCCAACAGAGUGUUUGGCUUUGCCAUAGUGGCCACAUCCACGCUCAACAUGCUGAUUCCAUCUGCUGCUCGCUGCCAUUACAGCUGUGUCAUACUGGUCAGGAUAUGCCAGGGCCUUGUUGAGGGUGUAUCAUACCCAGCCUGCCACGGGAUCUGGGCUAAGUGGGCGCCUCCUCUUGAGAGAAGUCGAUUAGCCACAACAGCCUUUUGUGGAUCCUAUGCAGGAGCGGUGGUGGCCAUGCCUUUAGCUGGGAUACUGGUGCAAUACACUGGGUGGCCUUCAGUAUUCUAUGUGUAUGGCAGCUUUGGGAUAUUCUGGUAUUUGUUCUGGAUUCUGGUGUCGUAUGAGAGUCCCGCAGCACAUCCCACCAUCACACCGGAGGAGAGGAAGUACAUUGAAGAUGCAAUUGGAGAAUCUGCAUCAUUUCUUAAUCCUCUCCAUAAAUUUAAAACCCCAUGGAGACACUUCUUCACCUCCAUGCCAGUCUACGCCAUCAUUGUGGCCAACUUCUGCAGGAGCUGGACCUUCUACCUGCUGCUCAUCAGCCAGCCGGCCUACUUUGAAGAAGUCUUUGGCUUUGAGAUCAGCAAGGUGGGCAUGGUGUCAGCUUUGCCCCAUCUGGUGAUGACCAUCAUCGUGCCUAUUGGAGGCCAGCUGGCAGACUACCUGAGAACCCACAACCUGAUGUCCACCACCAACGUCAGGAAGCUCAUGAACUGUGGAGGUUUUGGAAUGGAGGCCACCCUCCUGCUGGUGGUGGGAUACUCUCACUCAAAAGGAAUCGCAAUUUCCUUCUUGGUCCUCGCUGUGGGUUUCAGUGGAUUUGCUAUCUCAGGGUUUAAUGUCAAUCACUUGGAUAUCGCCCCUCGAUAUGCCAGCAUACUGAUGGGCAUCUCAAACGGGGUGGGAACAUUAUCUGGAAUGGUGUGUCCUCUUAUAGUGGGAGCCAUGACCAAACACAAGACACGUGAAGAGUGGCAGGGUGUCUUCCUUAUAGCUUCCCUCGUUCAUUAUGGAGGAGUGGUUUUCUAUGGACUCUUUGCAUCAGGGGAAAAGCAGCCAUGGGCAGACAUAGAGGACACCAGCGAAGAGAAGUGCGGUAUUAUUGAUGAGGAUGAACUGGCCAAUGAGACAGAGGAGCUCUACCGCGGAGGCGGGCAGUACGGAGCCAUGAGCCAACCAGUUGUUGGUUCCAACGGAGGAGGGGCCGGAGGAGGAGGAGGAGGAGCUGGGCCUGGAUGGGUGUCCGACUGGGACAAGUCUGAGGAGUAUGUGCAGCCGCCUGGAUACAACUCUUACAUGUAUGGGGGAGAAGAGGAGAGGGAGCUGACAUAGAAGAGUGACAUGGUUCAAGUUUAAAAAACAGAAACAGGAUAAAGAAAAGAUGAAAAUUGUUUUGGGGAAAGGGAUUGUAAGAGAGUCACUGCUAUACUGAAUGGACCUGCUGUGUGCUUUUGUACAAUAUUUACAAUUGCACAAAUAAUAAGUAUGGAUCUGAUUCAUUCCAUUGUGUGUGUAUGUGUGUGUGUGUGUGUGUGUGUGUGUGUUUGUAUGUGUGUGUGCGAGCGAGUGUGUAGGCAUGUGCAUGCUGGUGUUAGAGUUGUUAAUGUACACAUACACAUACAGUAUUCAUUUGCAAAAACUGAACUCAUAUCCCAGAUUCCUUCCUGGUCCUGAGCUUGUUGUGAUUGGCCAGGAGAUCUGUUUCCACAUCACUGAGGAGAUUCUGUUUGUGUGUGUGUGUGGUGGGCUUUCUGCCUGUACAGCAACUCUCUCAAGCCACUGGCAUUGUCUUGUAUUUAAAUUUUUAUGUGUGAGCCACAUGUUUACUUUUUUGCUGGGAAAGCACCUUUGGGGCCUCUUGAGCUUAAAAAAUUGUCCAAAUUACUAAAUGUAAAGUCAUGACUGUACACUGUACUCACACUCAUGUGUCUAGUCUGUGUUAUUCUGAAGACUCUCAGAACUAAUUGAAGUCAUAUUGUUAAUACAUUUCUGCAUUUGAUCAAUACACAAACUAAACGCAAUCAUGCCCAGACAUUGGAGAUGCAGUCAGUUAACUUUCCUUUACCUCUGAAACAUGUUUCCAAAGCAUUCAUAAUUCAAGGUAUGCUUGCAUGUGGUCGUCAACAUGGGUUCAUUUAUGUGGAAAGAAUCUGUUGUGUUUUAAACCACUUUCAAACUAUUCAAAGAGGAAGAAGGUGCUUAGGUGUCGUAUCAGUCCGUGUUUGUGUGUGUAAAGCUGUUGAGGCUUGUGUUGCAACCUUCUCCCCUUUAUGUGUGUGUGCAUUUGAAUGUGCAAAGGUGUGUGUUUGAGCACAAAGCUACAUGUGGCGUCUAGCUGAAUCUCACCUGGGUCUGACCUAACUAGGUCACGUCCAGCCAGGCUCAUGGGUCACAAAUCAUCUGACAUUUGUGACUUUCCAUUCGGUGUGUACGCUCCCAUUAGAGAGGUGGCCCAGAAUGACAAGUAGAGUGUAAUAGUUGCUGUAUUGUUUCACUGCUUAACCAGUGAGGAACAUAUAAUAUUCCCAGGCAUCACAGCACAUGCUGCCUCUGUUUCUGCCUUUUUCUGUGUCUCUGUGGCUGCCUCUCCAUCUGUCUUCCUCCCUGCAUUUAACAGGAUGUUCUCGAUGUCUUUAUUACCUACACGUCAGUCAUGUUUGAGUUUGUGGGUCGGAGCUUUUCAGAUUGUCUGUAUGUAUGUGUGUGUGUGUGACGGUGAGUGUGUUGUUGUGUUGGGUGCAGGUGCUGAAACAUUGUGCGUUGAGCAUGUUUUAAUGAGCACAGCAGUGCAGCACCCCGCCAUCCCUCUCUUCCUUUUACACACAAACACACAGGAUGCUCAUUUUAUGCAAGCACAGUCGAGUGCACAACACACUGUGCAGAGGGAGUGGUGGCACACUAUUUGGUAUUUACAUAGCUGUCAGUGUGAAGUGCACCCAUGGACACAAGGUGGGAUUAGGAAGGAUCUAUGAUCGUAUAUUCACUAAUAAAGACCACGCCCAUGAAGAUAUGGAUUUAGAAUAGUUUAUUGCAUAAUAGGAUAGAGGGGGAGAUAGUGUAGGAGGGAUGGAUUGAAGAUCCGGAGGAAAGGGUGAGGGACAAAGGGAUGAAGGUCGAUGGAUGAAGGGAUAAGGGGAUGAAGGGUGAGGGGUGAAGGGAUGAGGAAAGAAAUCAGGGUCGUGGCAGGAUGGAUGGAUGAGUAUGUUGAUGGUGGCAGGAAGAAAGGAGAGAACUAUGAGAGUUGCGAUUCUGAGUGGAAGAGCUGUCUCUUCAUGUACUGUACUCUGAUUGGAUUGAGCCCCAGUGGUUCCUGUAUUUAAGCAAAGGACAGAGAAGAGAAUGGGGGGAUUUGAAGGGGAGGGAUGUAACAACUAAUAAAGUGUGCGUAAAUACUUUUUGUGCAGCAAUGGGUUGUGUUCGAGGCGUGGUCUUUGCUCUCAAGCCUACUUAUAAAACUUCAUUCAUCAGUGGGUGUGUUAAGGUAUGGUAACAAUCAUGGCCAAUCACAUCAGCUCCUCUCGUGUUAAACCAGGAGUGGAGAGUCCAAAGUUAGAGGACGCUAACAUUCUCAUACAGGAGAGGAACUGUCAUAAUGUAUGAGCUGCACAGUACAACUCUUUGCGCCUGCACAUACAGUAGAUAGAGCCAACAUACUCAGACAUGAAAAGACGUGUGCAUGCACACACACAACUUCUGUAUUCUGUGUGUACUCACAGGUCAUGCCAGCACGCAGUAUUUUUUUUAUUUAAAAGUACAUUUACAGAUGACUCUUUUCCAGAUACGUAUUGAGGGUUUGUGAUGUGAGCUCACUAUUGUGAGAGAGAAAAAAAUACACUGCUGGAAUGUUAAAAAUAAUUUCUGUGAUUCAAAAGAGGGUUUAAUGUUAAA